UCACUGAGUGACUCGUGGAUGGAGAGAAGGCUGAAGGGAGCAGACGAGGACUAACUAGAGGAAAUAACUAAAGGAGACGCAGCAAAAUGCCUCCAAAGAGGAAAAACAAUAUUUCAAUUAACAUUGAAGAUGUUGGGAUGGAUGUUGAUGCGUCAGACAGCGGAAGUGAAGUGGAGGCCCGGAGGAGAGCCAAAAACAGACGAGCCAAACCCCAACGUAAAGCCAAACGGGUUAGCGACAAUGAUGACGAGGAUGAAGAAGAGGAGGAUGAGGACGAGUCACCGAGGAAGAGAGGGCGAAAGAAGAAAGCAAAGCCUCGCGACAGCGAGGACGAUGAGGAAGAAGACAACCGAAAUGUAAAAAGAAAAAGUUCCAAAGCCUCCCGGAAGAAAGCGAAGGAUGAGAGCGACGAGGAGAGCGAAGACGAAGGAGAGAAAAAGAAAAAGGGAGCCUCCAAAAAGGAGAAAGAGGAGAAUAAGGAAAAGGGGAAAGGGAAAGGGAAAGGGAAACAAGGGAAGGAUGCAGGAGCUGAGAAGGACAAGAAAAAGAAGAAUAGGAAGUUGAGCAGUUCUAUCGAGGAGGAAGAGGAGGAGAAAUCUGAGGGAGAAUCGCUGUCGGAGGGAGAGAUGGCAGCCCUCAAGGAAGAGGUAGAGGAGAAGAAGAAACUGAUCGCUACGUUAAGGAACAAACCGUGGCGCAUGAAGAGGAGACUUACGCUUCUCAAGGAGGCCCAGGAUUUUGUUGAAAAAUUUGAAGGAGCUCUCGGGAAAGGAAAAGGCCGGAAGCUGUUCGCAUUUAAAGUCAUGAUGGCCAAGAAACUAAUCAAGUUGAAACGUGACUUUGAGAACUUCAAAACAGCCUGUAUACCCUGGGAGGGGAAGAUAAAGGAUGUAGAAAGUCACUUUGGAUCCUCCGUGGCUUCCUACUUUAUUUUCCUGCGGUGGAUGUAUGGUCUGAACAUGGUCCUGCUGGGGCUCAUGUUUGGCCUGGUAGUAGUGCCUGAGGUUCUGAUGGGUCUUCCCUACGGCUCCAUUCCCAGGAAAACGGUGCCUCGAGAGGAGCAGGCCACAGCCAUGGACUACUCUACGCUCACUGACUUUGAAGGAUACUUCAAGUACUCCAUUUUGUUCUACGGGUACUACAACAACGAGCGACAGAUUGGGCUUCUGAAGUUCAGGCUCCCGCUGUCAUACCUGCUGGUGGGCGUUGGCAUCUUCGGAUACAGCCUGAUGGUUGUCAUACGAACGAUGGCUCGCAACGCAAACGAAGGAGGGGACGGAGGGGAUGAGGGAGACUUCACCUUCAGCUGGAAGAUGUUCACCAGCUGGGACUACCUGAUAGGAAACCCUGAGACUGCAGACAAUAAGUACGCCUCCAUCACUACCAGCUUCAAGGAAUCCAUCGUUGAUGAACAGAUGAACCAGAAAGAUGAGAACAUCCAUCUCCGACGGUUCCUCAGGGUUCUGGCAAACGUUCUGAUCCUCUGCAGCCUCGGAGGCAGCGGAUAUCUCAUCUACUACGUGGUGAAACGUUCGCAGGUCUUUGCUAAUAUGAACAAAGACGAUCUCACCUGGAUGGAAAAGAACGAGGUGGAGUUUGUGAUGUCUUUGCUGGGUUUGGUGUGCCCUCCUCUGUUUGAAGCCAUCGCAGAACUGGAAGAUUAUCACCCUCGUAUUGCCCUCAAGUGGCAGCUGGGACGAAUCUUUGCCCUUUUCCUGGGAAACCUUUACACCUUCCUCUUCGCUCUGUUUGAUGAGGUUAAUGCCAAGUUGGAGAGUGAGAAGGACAUCAAGAAUGCCACUAUAUUGGCUUUGAAUGAGUAUGCCGCCAACUACAGCUCCUACUACAACACCACAAAUGUUCCUCCUCAAAAUGUGCAUCCAGCUGACGUCAUCAGAGGACCCUGCUGGGAGACUGCAGUGGGAAAAGAAUUUGUGAAGCUGACCGUGUCGGACAUACAGGUGACCUAUUUGACCAUCUUGGUUGGUGACUUUUUGCGGGCUGUCAUUGUCCGCUUCCUUAACUACUGUUGGUGCUGGGAUCUGGAGGCAGGAUUUCCUUCAUAUGGAGAGUUUGACAUCAGCGGGAAUGUGCUGGGGCUGAUCUUCAAUCAAGGAAUGAUAUGGAUGGGAGCGUUUUAUGCUCCAGGUCUGGUGGGUCUGAACAUCCUGCGUCUCCUGAGCUCCAUGUACUACCAGACCUGGGCCGUGAUGUGCACCAACGUUCCUCACGAGCGAGUUUUCAAAGCCUCGGGGUCCAACAACUUCUACAUGGGCCUGCUGCUGCUUGUGCUGUUCCUCAGCCUGCUGCCUGUCGUCUACACCAUCAUGACCCUGUCCCCGUCAUUUGACUGUGGGCCUUUCAGUGGCCAGGAGAAGAUGUAUGACGUUGUCAUGGAGACGAUAGACCAGGAUCUUCCCGCCUUCAUCGGGAACAUCUUUGUGUACGCCACCAACCCCGGACUCAUCAUGCCGGCCGUGCUCCUCAUGGUGUUGGCGCUCUACUACCUAAAUGCCGUAUCAAAAGGAUACCAACAAGCAAACAUUGACCUUAAGAAGAAGAUGCAAAUGGCUCGAGAAGAGGAGAAGAACCGCAGGAACAACAAGGACAGCACCAAUCAGGUGAUGAAAGAUCUGGAGGACCUGCUGCCAAACAAGUCUCUAAUACCUCCACCUGCUGAGGAGGAGCCACCCCCGCCUGAUGUCGUGGUCGAUAAGGGCAGCAGGUCCCCCAAAGUGAAGCCCGGUGCAGCAGGAAAAGGGGUUCAUCUGCAGAGGGAUGUGUCUCUGGCUGCCCCAAACCCCAGAGAUCCAGUGACCCGGGACCCGGGGCCAAGAAGAGGGCCUCCUGAAAACGCCAGGGGGCCCCAACCUGGGCCUGGGAGAGGAAGAGGAGGAGGAAGAGGGGGAGGAAGAGGAAGAGGUGGGCCUCCAAGGCAAUAUGAGUACUGAUUCAUGGACUGAAAAUCCAAACGAUUCACCGCAGACUCCAUCAACACUGCAGUCAUCAACUGUAGAUGGAGGCUAACACUAGAAUAUGGAUCUUUUUUAAUUGUUUAGAUGUAAUUGAUUGACUGAA